AUGAAGGUCUUCAGCAACAAGGUCACAUACAACUACUCCUGGGACGAGGUGUCCACAGCAAACUGGACAAAGUACGGCCCCUGGAACAACAAGUCUGAGCAUGUCAUUGCCGUCGACACCCUCUCCCGCGAAGUCGACCCCGCGACCGGUAUCCUUCGCACCGAGCGUCUGAUCACCUGCAAGCAAACUGUGCCCGAUUGGAUCAAGGCCAUCAUCGGCGGUACUGGCGACGAGAGCUUCAUGUAUGAGGCUAGCUACGUCGACCCCAUCAACAAGACCGUGACAAUGGUUAGCCAGAACUUGACGUGGAGCAACCUCGUCAACGUUCAGGAGGAAGUAGUCUACAAGCCUCUCGGCGACCACCAAACACAGUUCAUCCAGAACGCCAACAUCACUGCUCUUUGCGGUGGCUGGCAGCGAAUCAAGAACAGCAUUGAGGACACCAUGGUGUCCCGCUUCCGCGAGAACGCUGUCAAGGGCCGUGAGGGCUUCGAGCGCGUUCUGAUGAUGAGCCGCAAGGCUUUCGCUGAGGAGAAGGCGCGCCAGAUUCUAUGA